GUGGCAAUACGCUCUGCGUGAAGUUAUUAAAAAAUAUAUAAAAUAUAUUUUAAAUAUUAUAAUACUUAUUUUAGAGAGCCGUAAAUAUAAGUAAUGUAUACUGCAACUUGUUGCCUGCUUAGUGUUAGCGGCUACAAUACUACAAAAUAAUAUAAUUUAUUAUUCUGUUGUGUUAAUAACCAUUCAAAUUUCAAGAAUUUUGCAUGUUUUUAUUGUUUAGGGAUUUUUAACAGCUACUUAGUGUUACUGCAGUUUGUAAUCAGUUUAAAUUGUUGACAGUGUUAUUCUGUUAUUAAAGGUGAUAAGGCAUCAUAAACCAUUCUUAAAUUUAACAUGGCACCGGUGGAUCACACAAAAAUUCUUGAAUUUUUAGAAUUAGUCGGUCGACUUAAGCACAUCAAGAGAACAGGAUGGAUAUUAUGUGAUAUAAAUGAUUGUGAAACAAUUGCUGGACACAUGUAUAGAAUGGGUCUUAUGACAUUUCUACUAACUGAAGAAAACAAUCCAACAAAAUUGGACCGCUUUAAAUGUCUGCAAAUUGCUCUAGUCCAUGAUUUGGCUGAAUGUAUAGUUGGGGAUCUGACACCCCACUGUGGGGUACCACCAGAUGAAAAACACAGGCGAGAGACAGAGGCUAUGAAGAAAAUAGCAGAAUUAACAGGAAUUGCUGGAGACAGAAUGUAUAAUCUGUAUAUGGAGUAUGAAAACCAAAGCUCACCUGAAGCAAACUUUGCCAAAGACUUGGAUAGAUAUGAUAUGAUCCUUCAGGCAUUUGAAUAUGAAAAAAGGGAAAAUUCACCCAAACAUUUGGAGGAAUUUUUCACCACAACAUAUGGAAAAUUCAAGCAUCCAUUCAUUCAAGAUUUGGCCAAAGAACUUUAUAGACAGAGGGAAGAUUUUGAAAAAAAAGCUUUAGUAAACGGAAAUACUUAAUUAAAUUACUACAUAACAUUAUAUUUAGUUGUGGAGAUUUUAAGUAUAACUCCACAGGUUGCAAUAGUAUAAGUUAAAUGUUACCAAGUGCUACUCAGAAGCACAAAACUGUAUUGCUAAAAAGGUUUUAUUUUUACUUGUUUUGUUUUGUUAUAUUUAAAUAUAUUAUAAUUGAUUAUCUUAAUUGUAUUAACUAAAAGUUCAGAAAUAAACUAUAUAGAAUUAGGUAUGGUUAAAGCAGAUCCGUGGAAAGCAUGUACCUUUCUUAAUAAAGUUAAUGGUCUGAUUCUAAUGGCUAAUAAUGUAGCAUUUAAACCUAAGUGUGGAAGUAUAUUUUAAGUCAAGUCUUACAAGUCACAUAUAGAAUUUUCUUAUUGCUUUUUAAAAUAUAAUGAAUACCAGAAACUUUGGCAUGCUUAUUACAUAUGUAUUCCAGAUGUACAGGCAGAUAUGUCAUUCUUCAUUUAUUAUAGCUAUAUUUUCUAAUAAAUUGUUUAAAAUAGAAGUUUUUUUCUCCUUACAUCUUUACUUUGUAUUAAAAUACUUUUUAAGUUGCUUGUUUUAUUUAUUAGUCCUAGUCUGUUCCAUCCUAAUUACUGAUUUCAAAUUAUAACAUGCUUCUGCUUAGAAUUUAUGAUAAGAGUUCUUAAUAGUCUUAAGCCGGGUUUCCACCGCGAAAGGGUAAUGAGUGGGAAAUGGUUAGGCGGGACGGAGGCCAUUUAAAUGAAAUAGGUUUACAUUUCCACCAACAAAGAGACUUGUCUGUUGAUUUCCACUGCAAAAGGAAAAUGAGAGACAGGAAUCAGCGGAGCGAGCUGAACGAAAAAUGAGAAAUGGAAAAUGAACAAGCAGUUUACACUGAGAGCGAGUUCAGUUGGAGUUUUGAACGUGCGGUAGUGUUUUGUUGCGAAUUUGCGAUGUUGUCGAGUGACACGGGAUCAAGUGAAGACAGUGAUUAUGUAUACAGAAAGAAAAAGUACAUAUUAUCUUAAGCAUAGAAAAAAACGUGCAAGACGCGAGAUUUUGGUUAUGCCAGCACAUUCGAGAAAGAACAUUGAAAGGGGAAAAAUUUAAUAACUAUUACAGGGUUAGUACUUAGUAGAGAACAAUUUCGGGUGAUGGAAACCGCGAGCGAGUCCGUUUCAAACUAGUCGGCGAGACCUUGACACAGCGGACUCGUUUCCAUCACUUUUUACUCGUUCGAUCCGUCCCGCUCAGCACUUUCUGUGUGGAAACGCUACUAUGUAAUUUGUCACUGCGAGUUGAACGGACUCCGUAAUUACUCCGCUCCGCUCCCUAGAACUGAGCGAGUUCCUUUCAACUCUUUCUGCUCGCUCAGUCCUUUCCGCCCGACUAUUUGUUGGUGGGAAUACAAGUAUGCAGUUUACGCUUGCGAGUUAGACCGAGUCCUUAAUGGGUCCGUUCCGCUCGCGGUGGAAACCCGGCUUUAAACUUACUUGUGUAUGCAAUAGUGUUGAAUCAUUACUUACAAUUUUGAAAGGGGCCAAGUUAAGUAAAGAUGCGAGUUAAUACUUAUAUUUUGUCCAGAUUCACAUGUUAAUAAACUUAUGUUUAAAUAGGAGUAGAUAGAAACAACAAUGUUUUUAAAUUUUAUUGUACAAAAAGUGAGCUGUUGGCAAUACAUACAAAUUUGUUAAGUAUUCAGUCAACUUAAAGACUUUAUAAAUGCUAUAAAUCUUUGCAUGACUUGUUUGCAGUAGUAUUUAAUGCUAACAUAGAUAUUCUAACUAUAGA